AUGGGAAUUCCGAGGUAUAUCGUAGCUGGCCCAUCGGAAAUGCUUGCGAUCACUGGAAAUGGCAUAUCUGAAAUACUACUGAAGAAGAAGCAUUUCUUAUGGCCCCUCCAAAAAUGCACCAGGCUCGACAUUUCCCCGGUGAACUAUUCGUUCCAGGUUCAAGCUAUGAGCGCGGAGAAACUCCCUUUCUACCUCCCGGCGGUAUUCACAAUUGGGCCAAAAGUGUUGGACGAGACGAAUUAUGAGAGCUUGAUUAAGUAUGCAAAACUUAUGUCUAAUAGUGACAAGCAGUCAACUCAUAUACAAGAUCUUGUCAAGGGAGUUAUCGAAGGGGAAACUCGUGUACUUGCUGCUUCCAUGACAAUGGAACAGAUUUUUAAGGGAACAAAGGAAUUUAAGCAAGAAGUAUUUGAUAAAGUGCAACUUGAAUUGAAUCAAUUUGGGCUUUAUAUCUAUAAUGCUAAUGUUAAGCAGCUUGUAGAUGUUCCUGGCCAUGAGUAUUUCUCUUACCUUGGACAAAAGACUCAGAUGGAGGCCGCCAAUCAAGCCAAGAUUGAUGUAGCGGAGGCAAGGAUGAAAGGAGAGAUAGGUGCAAAGCUAAGAGAUGGAGAAACAAAGCAAAAUGCUGCUAUGAUUGAUGCUGAGACAUUUAUCAUAUCAACGAAAAGGCAAGGAGAAGGAAAGAAGGAAGAAGUUAGAGUAAACACUGAAGUUAAAAUAUUUCAGAACCAAAGAGAAGCUGAGGUUGUUGAGGCAACUGCUUUUCUGGCAAAGAAGAAAGCAGGGUGGUCUCAGACUGCCAGGCUGGCGGAGGUGGAAGCCGAGAAGGCGGUAGCCAUAAGAGAAGCAGAGCUGCAAAUGGAAGUGGAGAAAAAGAAAGCUUUUGUUGAGACUGCUAAGCUCAAGGCUGAGCUUCUCACCAAGGCUACUGUCGAAUAUGAUAUUAAGGUGCAAGAGGCAAAUUCUGAAUUAUACAAGCGACAGAAAGAAGCAGAAGCUGCACUAUUCGAGAGCCAGAAGAAAGCAGAGGCACAAAAGGCAAAUGCAGAUGCUGAACUCUAUACUCGGCAGCAGGCUGCAAACAGCGAGCUGUAUGCAAAGCAGAAGGAAGCGGAAGGAGUAGCAACGAUUGGAAAAGCACAAGCAAUUUACUUAGGAUCCAUUCUAAAGGAAUUGAAUCACAAUUACACUGCUCUCAGAGACUAUUUGAUGAUCAACAACGGUAUGUACAAGGAAAUCGCCCAACUCAACGCUGAAGCAGUGAACGGUAUGCAGCCAAAGAUUAGCAUUUGGUCAGGUGCUAAUGGAGGUGAAAGCAAUAGUGGCGGCGAAGGUGGGAGCGGAUUGAAGGAUGUUGCUGCAUUGUACCGUAUGAUGCCUCCUCUGCUUGAAACAGUACAGGAACAAACUGGGAUGCAGCCUCCUGCUUGGCUUGCAACCUUACCACACCACAAAUGA